GCAAAGGGGGGAAAAUAAACAAUUUCCGAUCUUUAAUUACCUGGCAGCUCUCGUCGUUGUCGUCGUCGGGCGGUGGUGGUGGCGGCGACAAACCUCAGAACGUCGUCGUUCGGUACGGUACGGUAUAUGAGAGCGGAUGCAUCUGCGAUUCCUUUUUCUUUUCCCCCGUUUUUUGUUGUUGUUUUGGGGCGAUGAGAAGGAUGUGUGAUGAUGCUCCAAUUGUAAAUUGGCUAAUCGGCCAACAGCGCUGCUGCCUGCCUGCCUGCUCAUCUAGUCUAUCGCAUCGCUUUCGGUCGUACGGUCGCGGGUUGGUAAACGAUACACCGACUGACUGAGAGAGAGAGAAACGGCCGCCUGUUUUAGUGUAGGGCCGUUGGGUGUUGUGUUACCCCCCUUUUUUGUACGCGAUCGGUUGAUUGAUUACGGGGUGAAUUAUUUGUGUAUUAUGAAUUUGAUGAUUUAGUGCAGUUGGUCGUUCAUUCAUUCUUGAUAGAAGUGUGUGAUUCAUCUCGCUUUUACCGAAAACACAAAACAACAAUACACGACGAGAGGAGGAGGAAAAGGAGUAGAAUCGAUCAGCCCAGCAGCAUUAUGUAAUGCGAUCAUCGUAUGGCGAAUGUGUGUCUUGCAAUUGUGGACUGACGAGAGCAAAGGGGUUCGUUGCUUGUGCGUUUUUUCGCUAAAAUCGUUUGGUGGGAAAAUAAUGCUAGCAUAAUGCUUAGCUUAACAUAAUUGCCAAUAGUGAGCGCUUUUGUGAAUCAAAAUAAUUCAAACACACACACUUCGGCGCACGGUUGAUCGAUGAACAGGCAAUCGGCGAUCAUCAUCAUCACCAUCCCCACGAUGCGCUACACAAUGGAGGGCGGUUCGAUUGAAGCUUUAUUACUAUUUCACAAUGGACACCGACGAUGUGGAAUCCUCGAGCAGUAGCACGAUGUCGAGCCUGAACAGUCUGUUUUCCUUCACCAGCCCGGCGGUGAAGAAGCUGCUCGGCUGGAAGCAGGGCGACGAGGAGGAAAAAUGGGCCGAAAAGGCGGUGGACAGUCUGGUGAAGAAGCUGAAGAAGCGAAAGGGCGCCAUCGAGGAGCUGGAGCGGGCCCUCUCCUGCCCUGGACAGCCCUCCAAGUGCGUCACCAUACCGCGUUCGCUCGAUGGACGGCUGCAGGUAUCGCACCGCAAGGGGCUGCCGCACGUCAUCUACUGUCGCGUGUGGCGCUGGCCGGACCUGCAGAGCCACCACGAGCUGAAGCCGAUCGAAACGUGCCAGUAUCCGUUCAGCGCGAAGCAGAAGGAGGUGUGCAUCAACCCGUACCACUACAAGCGCGUUGAGAGCCCGGUGCUGCCGCCGGUGCUGGUGCCCCGCCACUCGGAGUUUGCGCCGGGCCACUCGCUGCUGCCCUUCCACCAGAUGAACGAGCCAAACAUGCCGCACAACGUGAACUACUCGAACACGGGCUUCAACAACUCGCACAUGGGCGGCGGAGGUGGUGGUGGUGGAGGGGGUGGCGGGGGUGGAGGAGGCGGUGGAAAUGGUGGCAAUGGUGGCAAUGGUGGGGGCGGAGCAGGCGGUGGACCGAACUCGCCCAUUUCCUCGCACAUGGGACCGAACAGCCCGAUGUCGUCGGUGUCGAGCCCGGGGCCGAUCAGCUCGAACCCGCAGAGCCCGUACGGGGCGCUGCCGGAGACGCCCCCGCCCGCCUACAGCCCGCCGGAGGAGGGCAACACGGUGAGCGGCGGCCAGGACGGCAACCAGAUGGACACGAACCAGAUGCACGGCGAGGUGGCACCGGUCAGCUACCAGGAGCCGCCGUACUGGGCGAGCAUAGCGUACUACGAGCUGAACUGUCGCGUCGGCGAGGUGUUCCACUGCACCAACACGUCGAUCAUCGUCGACGGGUUCACGAACCCGUCGAACAACUCGGACCGCUUCUGCCUCGGCCAGCUGAGCAACGUGAACCGGAACAGCACGAUCGAGAACACCCGGCGCCACAUCGGCAAGGGGGUGCACCUGUACUACGUCGGGGGCGAGGUGUACGCGGAGUGUCUGUCCGACUCGGCGAUCUUCGUGCAGAGCCGGAACUGCAACCAUCACCACGGGUUCCAUCCGAGCACGGUGUGCAAAAUACCGCCCGGCUGCUCGCUCAAGAUCUUCAACAACCAGGAGUUCGCCCAGCUGCUGUCGCAGUCGGUCAACCACGGCUUCGAGGCGGUGUACGAGCUGACCAAGAUGUGCACGAUACGCAUGAGCUUCGUGAAGGGGUGGGGCGCCGAAUAUCACCGGCAGGACGUGACGUCAACGCCGUGCUGGAUCGAAAUUCAUCUGCACGGGCCGCUGCAGUGGCUGGACAAGGUGCUGAUGCAGAUGGGUUCGCCGCACAACGCGAUCAGCUCGGUGUCGUAAGGGGGUGUGGGUGUGUGUAUGUGUGGUUCGCGCGUCUUCAGAUUAGACAUUUAGCAGUAAAGGCGGACGUGUGUUCGGACAGUUUGGUGUAAAAGAAUGUAGACUAAUAUUGCUGGGCCGAGCGGAAGGGAUACGUGUUUGCUAGUAUCAGCCUAGUGACUAAACAUAGCAUCAUACUUAUCGUUUAAGACUAAAGGUGAAGUAAACUGGACGAUGCCAUUAUAGAACGGAAACGGGAAGAUUUCAACCAUCCUGAGCCAGAGCAAUCUAUUAAUUACGCAAAAAAAACGAAACCACAUGCACGAAAAAAGGGCGAAAAAGAGUACAUUUGAAGGUUUAGUUUUUAUGUUAGUGCAUUACGCGCGAGAGUGUUUUCGAUGCAAGAAACGGUACGGUAAUGUAAUGUACGCAAGCCAGCUAGCAGUUUAAGGGAGGUUUUGUUGAUAAGUGUCUUUAUACGUUUUAAUUGUUUUUUUUUUAAUUCGCCCGACCUUUUAAGCAGAUGACAGAUUAAGCGGUGUAAGAAUGCUGUUCAGUUUCUUCGUACCUUGUUAAGAAUAUCCGUGUGCGCCGGUAUGGAAAGCGAGCAUAAAAGAUAGUUGUAUCCGUUUAAAUUUUAGAUCGACUAAACCGAUGAUCCGGCAUCGCUUUACAGUAUGAUUAGGGGUUUGUUUUUAAAUACUGCUGCAAAAUGCGCCAAUUUAUGCACUUUUUUGUUAUUGUGAAGUAAAGGCUGCAGUACCUGUGUGUGGGCUACUAUUUGUCCCGCGAAGAACGAAUCAGCAACCAUGCAAAGGGUUUCAAUAAUGUAGGUUGUUUGGCCUUAUUUUGGAGAAGUUACUACAGACAAACGUUGCUCUCCAGUUAACUGUGCCCCUGUGUGUUGACGGCAACCAGCAGCAGCUGCAAACACACGGCGAUUAUGCAAACAAAAAAAGGUCCUAGCAGAGCGAGUGCAAUUUAUAUGUUCCCCCGAAAGAGUCAGGCCUAGUAGAUCCAAAUCAAACGGGAUGGAUACGAUUUUUGAACGUGAUAAGAUUAUUCUGAUGCCAUCAAACAAACGUGCAACUAUGAGAAGAGUAUAGAGUUAAGACAAAAGAAAACGCAAGAUGCAAUUUAUUGUUUACGCAGAGAGUGGCGGUGUAUGAAAACUGCUUCCGCACGCGCGUGCACCCGUUUGGAGUUAUGAUUUUCGUGUACUGUAAGUGUGGUGCAACAAAUUCUGCUCCAACAGUGUGUAUGUGUGUAUGUGCGUUUUUAUGUUACAAUAUAUCUUUUUUUUUAUGUUUGUAGCAAAGUUUUAUUCAGUUGCUAGUAAAAUUAACUUGUUUCAUAGAGUUCGGUUUAAUAAGAUUUAUAAGAGAGCGAUAGAGAGAGAGAGAGAGAGAGAGGUUCGCAGAGAUGUAUGCUUUUUUGUAUAAUGACGUUAUUCUUUAUUAUUGCUUGUGCUUCCCGCUGUGCUCGACAAGCAGAUUUAAUCUUGCGUGCGAGUGCAACCAAAAACCUUACAUGCCAACACUAAGCUUAGCGUUCACGCAGUUGAUAGUGCACGAGGGACGAUUCAACCCUUCAGAUUCAAUCUUUCUCCUACACUGUUUCAGUAUUUCAGCACCCCGAAACGAAACAUACACUCUCCGUACCUUGCUUUUUACUUGGUGGUUGAAGUGCUAAAAGAAAAGCUUUCACAAAUAUUGGCGCCCAAAUGUUCUUCCCAUCCUUUGCCUAUGUGCCCACAACGCUAAUGACGCGUAAAAACGUUUACUUUGUGCAAUGCUUUCGUUAGUAGAAAGUAAGAUAAAACUGAAUUGAUUGCCUUAUAUUACAAAACAAAAAAUAACAACAACAGUGUCGACGUUGUAGUGCCUCAAGCAGCUUGUAACAGACUAAUAGAUAUUAUGCAAAUGUUAUAUUUUGACAAAGAAAGAAGAUGCGCUUCUCUCUGCCUUGAACACAAUUGUGCCACCGCGAAUGCGAAAAGAAAACGUAACGGAAACGGUUCGGCCUUGAUUGGAUGAAACGAAAAACGAAACGGACGACAAACGCUUUUAGACAGUGGACAGGAACGUGUUUGGCCUUUUGCAUAAAUGCCUUUGUUUUUGUUUUUAACUAGACGUUUAAGUGAAUGUGCAAGCCGAUAAAGCAUGCAAUACAGAAAUGCGCCUUAUUUUUCACGAUACACAAUAACAACAGCCUUUUCAAAGACAGGAUUCACGCAGGAUGGAGAUACUUUGACGCGUAAAGGUGGUCCGUGCAUUGCUGUGGAAGAAUUUAUUUUUUCAUAAGCUCCAAAAUGCUUAACAGAUGAGGACGACGAGAUUAGCAAAAAAAAGAAACACAUGUAAAGAGUUCACCGAGGCCAUAUUACUGGCAACUGGAAAAUACGUCCGGACUAGCAAACUAUUAAGUGUCGUGUUCGAUUAUGUAUUUUUAGCUAAUUGAUUCUCCUCAUCCGUGUGCGUGUGUGUAUGUGUGCGUGUGCCUGUGUGUGCGUGCUUCGUGCCUUGAAUUACGUUUGCGACUCUGUGUGCGUGUGCGUGUGUGUAUAUGCGUGUUCGUGUUUGCGUCUGUAUAGUGUGAAUUAUUUUGAAAUACAGUUACUUUUUAGACGGUAUACUUUAACACUACCAUAAAAGCGAAACAAUCAACUGUGUACUACACAGAUCUUAAACGAUUUGGAGACAAAAAAACAAAAGAAGUGCGAAGUAGCAAAAGAACUAAGUGUACGAAACAAAAGCAAAAAAAGGUAGAACAAAAUGGAAAAUAACAGUUACAUGUACAUAUUAGAGACCAGCGCAAUGAUUGAAUAGCUUGAAAUGCGUACAAAAUGAAACUGGUCCCCCAUAAUUGUAUUAAAAAUGAUAAAUAUGAUAGACAAAACGUAAAACAAGAAGAUUAAACAAAAUCUACUCAAACAAAAAAUAAAAACAUGCAAGCAGCAACAAGCCACAUGUUGAACCUAUAUCUUGCUCACUUAGAUUAAAGUAUGUCCCGGUAUGGCUCGAAAGCAAUUAAAAAAAGGUGAAAAGGAGAGUUCAAAGAAGAAGAAAAAAAAAACAAAUGGAAACAAAUCAUGUUUUAUCACCUAAGUGUAGCUGCACAUUUCCCGAAGCAAGAACGCAAAAAAAAAGAAAAAGAAACAAUAUAUACAACUGCGAAAAACAUGAAGCAAAACAACAACAAUUGCAAACAAAAGCAAGAAAAAACAGAUGCAUAUAACAAAUCACGCAUGCUAUCUUAUACAUACGGACAGAAUAAAACUUCAACAUUGCCGUUAGAUUAAAGCAAAAUGCUAACAUUGAUAAAACAAAAACACAAACAAUCAAGCCUCGGUAGCAAAUUUUGCAAAAGCGAAACAUUAUCAGAUUAUCAUCAAACACUCCGCCGACAAGCGUAACUCGCGAAGCAAGAAGAAAAGGUAAAGUACGAAUGAGCCAUUUCGCAGCAGGAAAGACCGUUUAGUGAUAAAAGUUCUGCUUAUAGUGCACAACCAUUUUCAAUGAUUCAGAAAGUAUGAUAAGUGUGUUUUGGUGUUUGUAAAAGAUGUAAGAACAAACCUGAAACAAAAAAACAAAAAAACAAAAGAAAAAAGCAAGUGAACAAAGCGGAGUAAAAGUGGUAAAAGGUUGAAAGGAAGACCGGCUGAACAGAUGAAUUGAUAGAAUAGAUACAACAGACAGAAACAUAACACACCAGCAAAACAAAAAGCUCUUAACGCAAAAAAAAACAUGAGAUGAAAGAUGGGAUAAACAAUCGUAUAAAAUGCUCAAUCAGCUAUUUUUCAUCGCAGCGCGCCGGUGUGUUUUUGUUUGCUCUUGAAACACAGGGGGUAUCCUUACAUAUUUCUUCACCUGACACGUCGUCCAUCAUCACACAUCAUUUCAUCGCUGCUGGUUGACAAGAAUCGUUCGAUCGUUAGCGUCGGUAAAGCUAUUCUUAAGGUACGCGACAUUUGCGAGACACUAACUGUAGUGUAUGUAUAGCUGUAGCGCGCAUGUUUAGAGCAUAAAUGAAAGCGAUUGUAAUGAUAGAGAGAGGGAGAGAGCGAAGAGCGCCCCGCGCUCGUGUUGUCCGUAGAACUAUGCAUUAAAAAGAACGACACCUUGCAUGAACCCGUCGUCCCACGGGAGAGGCUCUUGUUCAAGAAGGCGCCCGAUUUCCCAGCCCAAUCGAAGCUUCCUUCAUUUUCACCCUCCCAUCCAUCCUUACACCGACAUCUCCUGCACACGCCCAUAGUUCGUAACCACUGUGCCAUGUGUGUGUUUACACAGGCCACCUCCAAAACACGUACAUCUCAAUGAUCUCAAGUGAAAUGAAUGAAAUACUUAGUUUCGAUUGUCCUCUGAUUUAAAAAACAACUAAAAUAGUAAGCGAUUACUUUUUCGAAGGCGCAACGAAAGCGCAUAUCUGAAGCGCCUAAAACGGAUACGAACAACCAUGAGAAAUUGGCCUAAAUGCGUGGAUGGAAACCCGUUUGCCCGCGUAAAGUAAAUCAAAACUAAUAAAAAAAAAAUGUACACCAUCAUGCCAUAAAAUAAGAGCACUCGAAGCGAAGGAGUGCCAGUAAAGGUGUUGCGAGCGUUGUGUGCGGCUUUGUUUCGUAAGCUUUAGUUUAGUAACUCUGGGCGUCGUCAAUCAUCUCGAGGAUGAGAUCGUUUUUAAUCAGUUUAACGUACUUUUUCCUACAAAACAAGAAGUAACAAUGAUGUACAGAAAUGGAAACAGUGCAAAACGAAACAAAACAUUAAAAAGAGUAUACAAUAAUGCAACAUAAUGUGAAAAUGAUGGUGCACAAUAUGUUGCUGUGUAAACUACACAGCGACACGGAAACAAACAGAAAUAGUUUAAAGCCUCCCCCUAACCCCCAAAUCGUCAGCGAAUGAAUAUUUUACGUCGUGGUAUUUAGGUUCUUGUGGCUCUUUCUUCCCACUUAAGUUGAAAAAGUGUGAAAAUAUCAUUGUAGUGUGUAAUCGAGCGAGCGUAUAUUACGGCGAAGGAAACAGAAGCAGGUGGAACAGAAAAGGGAAAUAAUUCAUAUGUGCGCGCUCGUAUGUUAAGAACGGUAUGAAUAAAAUCAAUAAAAUAAAAGAAACAGAAAAACUAA